AUGUAUUAUACUGAAAAACGUGGUGAUCAUUGGAGUUAUGAUGAUCCAUCCAUAUGGCAUGAACAUUUUCUAGCUGCUAGCGGCACUUCUCAAUCACCUAUCAAUAUUAAAUCUCACCAAACGGUUGUUCAACAAUAUCCACAAUUCGAAUUUUCUCUUGAUCACAAAAGUCAAAUUAUGUUAGCAGUAGUAAACACUGGCCAUCAUGUUAUUGCAACCCUGCCAAAACAUGCUCGGAGUCAAAGUCAAACGGAUUUAUCGGUUACUGGUGGUGGUCUAACUGGAAAAUUUGAUUUCCUCAAGUUUCAAUUACAUUGGGGUAGAAGUGACAGACAUGGAUCUGAACAUGAAAUUGAUGGACAUACAUUUCCAGCUGAAGCACAUGUUUUCUAUAAAAAUCUUGAAACUCAAGAAAUUCCUGUAUUUGGAUUCUUUUUCCAUGUUGUUCAUUUAUUUAACGAGGAAAAUAAUGAAUGGAAGAAAUAUUCACAUAUUGCUAGUCUAUUAACAAAGAUUGGUGAUACAAUGAAUUGUACUUUCAAGUUAAGUCAUCUGAUGCAAAUUGAAAACAAACGAUUUUUUCGUUAUAUGGGUAGCUUAACAACUCCACCAUGCACUGAAGGCAUUAUAUGGACAAUAUUUGUCGAUUCAAUUCCGAUAACUGAAGAAAGUUUAAACUUACUUCGUCAUAAUGUGAUGGAAAAAACUUAUCGACCAGUUCAACCAAUAAAUCACCGAAUUAUUCACAGAAAUUAUGAUCUUUGA